AAGAGGGAUGGUUAAACAACCUGGCAACUCAAUGCUAGAGGGCUAUUCAUUCACCAUAACAAACUGUACGUGCCUGCGUGUCAAGCAUUUUGCUAAUUUUCAUAAAAAAUGGUAAGAAUUUCGCAUUAGAAUAUUAUUUCGACUGAACUGCUUGAACUUAGUAAACUAAUGGCGCUGUUUUGGAGAGGAGCACACACAUUUGUAAUCAGUAAAUCUAUGAAGGGGAUCCUGCUAUACAGCACGUCUGUGAAGUCAGGCAAGCAGCGCGUGAAUGGUGUGGAUCUCUUCUACCAGCAGACUGGUAGAGGAGGGCAUGCAGUCCUCCUUCUCCCUGGAGCUUUGGGGAGUGCGCAGACCGAUUUCGGGCCCCAGUUCAAGUCGCUAGAUAAGGAACGUUUCACAGUGGUUGGCUGGGACCCCCGUGGUUACGGAAACUCCCGUCCCCCUCAGCGAGACUUUCCUCUCGACUUCUUCGAGAGAGACGCUAAGGAUGCCGUGGACUUGAUGCAGGGGCUGAAGUUCCCCAGGUUCUCUCUGCUGGGCUGGAGCGAUGGAGGGAUCACUGCCCUGAUAGCGGCCGCUCAGAACCCCUCGUUGGUCAGUAAGCUGGUGGUGUGGGGAUCCAACGCAUUUGUGUCCGAGCGGGACGUGAGCAUCUACAGUGCAAUCCGUGACAUUUCCCGGUGGAGUGAGAGAAUGAGGAAGCCCAUGGAGGAGAUGUAUGGGGCGAAGCUCUUUAAGGCGACCUGGGAGGCCUGGGUGGAUGGGAUUGGUCAGUUUGCCCAGAGACCAGAAGGGACUAUUUGUAUGGACCUGCUGCCCAAAGUUAGCUGCCCAACCCUCAUCAUCCAUGGGGAGAAGGAUCCCAUGGUCCCUAGCUUCCAUCCACACUACCUCCUCCAACACAUCAAGGGCUCGCGGUUACACUUGAUGCCGGAGGGGAAACAUAAUUUGCACCUAAGAUAUGCUGCCGAAUUUAACAAGCUGGUGGAGGAGUUUCUUAAUGAAUGACUGCUUCGUGCGGAGUGGAAAACGGAGAGCAUCAUUUGGAGCUUGUUCCAAUAAUCACCUUGUCAGAAAUAAUAAAGGCUUUUUGAUUUACAUUUCAA